CCUGAAUGUUUUAAAACGCGUUGCUUUUCGCGCAUUAAAUAUGUGAUUGUGUCGGGGUUUAGCAAAGUGUGGUCAAUGAGCUUGCUCUUUCUUAUUGCGCAGCACGAACGACGUUUUUAAGUGGCGCACACACAAACCAUGCCAAAGCAAUCGAGUACUGUUGAUCUGUUGACUGCAUCAAUCUGAAAUUAACGACUAGACAGACUACUUUUAUGGGAUUACCAUACCAUCUGUUAGCAAAAUUGCAACAUGUUUUAGAGAACUCUAUGUGCAUUAUGUCGUAGUAGAGGGUGUAAAAAAAAAAAAGAGCAAGCUACAGUAGCGUUAUCUAAUGUUUAUAGAAAGAUCUGUCUGUCAAGCGGACAGGACAGCCUAUCGUCGGCUGGAGAACAUGUGUCGUGUCGUGCUUGGCAAAUGAAAUGGGGCGACAGCAAACUAACUGGUUUAAUUGGACUCACAUGAACCAGGAAUUAUCUAGUUCACAGGUUUAGUUAGCUAAAUUGGCCUCCACUGCUGCUGCUUUGGAUACAUUAGAGUUAGUUAGAUAUGGACAUACGAUCUAUUCAGUCUUUGGAAUAUUUUUCAGGAACAAAAUUAUGAAAAACUGGGGAGUCAUUGGUGGAAUAGCGGCUGCCAUGGCUGCUGGAGUAUAUGUUCUAUGGGGUCCAAUUACAGACAGCAAGAAAAGGAAGAAAGGCAUGGUACCAGGCCUGCUGAACCUGGGAAACACCUGCUUCAUGAACUCUCUGCUCCAGGGCCUGGCAGCCUGCCCUUCCUUUGUCAAGUGGCUGGAGGAGUUAACUAGCCGCAAAGGUGUGUCAGAUGGUGAGCCAGAGAAGGACCCUAAACUUUCCAGAACUCUCCUGCAGCUUCUCAAAGCACUGUCAAACGACCCUGGGGAGGAGGAUGUGCUGAAUGCAGGGUGUCUGCUGGAGGUCCUCAGACUCUACAGGUGGCACAUCAGUUCCUUUGAGGAACAGGAUGCCCAUGAGCUCUUCCAUGUCCUCACCUCUUCCCUGGAGGAGGAGCGAGACCGACAGCCCAAAGUCACCCACCUCUUUGACAUUCAGUCCCUUGAGAGUCUCCCAGAUAUAGAUGAGAAGACCUUGAGCUGCAAGAGUCGAGGCCCUCUUCAUCCUAUACGAAGUCCUUGGAAGUUUCCACAUCCUUUCCAUGGCCGCCUAACAAGCAACAUGGCAUGCAAGCGUUGCGAACAACAGAGUCCAGUGCGAUAUGACUCUUUCGACAGCCUCUCCUUAUCCAUCCCUUCGCCGCAAUGGGGCCAGCCUGUCUCUCUGGAUCACUGUCUCCAGCAUUUCAUCUCUUCAGAGACCAUUAAAGAGGUGGAGUGUGAAAACUGCACCAAGCUUCAACAAGGAGCCUUAGUGAAUGGGCAUGUCCUCGAAAGCCAGAGGACAACCUUCAUCAAACAGCUUAAACUGGGAAAGCUCCCCCAGUGUCUCUGUAUUCACCUGCAGAGACUGACGUGGUCUAAUGAGGGUAUGCCCAUAAAGAGACAGGAACAUGUCCAGAUCUCAGAGUACCUGUCUAUGGACCGCUACAAACACCGCGCAACCAUUCAGAGGCUCCAGCACAUCAACUGUACUCCCAAAACCAUUAAAGCAGAGGACUCAAGAGAGGCUGCAGAUAAGACCACUCCCAAUGGCAAAGAUGUAGAACACCAUAACAACAACAAGCCUCUGUCCAAUGGAACAUGUUUGUCUGUCUUUCUCCAUUCUCCUGGGUUGAACCCACAGGUCAACCUCACAUAUGACUACAGCUCCUCAGAAUACCUAUUUCAACUGAUGGCUGUGUUGGUUCACCAUGGUGACAUGCACUCAGGACACUUUGUCACGUACCGCCGCUGCCCUCCCUCGCCCCGCAGCUCCUCUCCAUUCAGCUCCCAGUGGCUGUGGGUUUCAGAUGACUCCGUACGCAAGGCCAGUUUGCAGGAGGUGCUGUCAUCCAAUGCCUACCUACUCUUCUAUGAGCGGGUGAGACGGCUCCGUCUACUGUUGGAGGAGUAGAGCCCUGGAGCAAUGAGCCAGACUGGACACCCACUCCCCUGCCAACCCAUACCGCCACAGAAAACACCCCUCAGAAGUGUAGUUCUCCAGGCCCAAUGGUUUACCUGUAGGAUUGUGCUUUAACAGUACUGAAGAUUAUGCUGCUCUACUUUGAUCUGUCAUAUUAAAAUCAUGAAUGUCCCCCUCGUCUUUUACGGCGAUUUAGGAGGCACUGCCUUUUAGAUCCCAGAGAUUGGACGGUUCUCAAAAACAUCUCAGAAUGGCUGGUAGUCUUUUCACAAAAUAUUUGAGUUACUUCAACCAAGACAUUUUAGGCUUAAUGGGUGUUACUAGAUUAUGAAAUGUGUCAGUGGAGGUACGUGAUAUGUAAUCACUGUCUUCAGCCAUUUCAGUCUGGAAAUAAUCACUCAUUAUAUUGUAAAAUGUCGGUCUAUUUAAAAUAAUGCAAUGUUUCAAUUGACAUUGUAUAUAAGCUGCUGUAUAUUUUAUUUUUCUACUUUAACAAAUUAUUCAGAAUACUUUAAUAGCAUGCAGGUGGUUUGGAUUGUAGUCUAGCUGCACGUGUCUGCAGACUAGGUACCUUUGUGUAGAAUAAUUUCUGCAGUUGUUGCACAAGAUCUCAUGGUAUCAAGCCAAUGUGUAGAUUGUUAUUUUUGUUCCUAAAUGAUAUUGAAGCAACGUGAUAGUUUUACAACUGUUUUUAUAGAGCAGCGAAAUUGGAAUUGAUAGAAAUGUAACAAAUUUGCCAAAGUAUUUAAAGUUGUGGUUGUACAGUGUGUACGACUAAACAAUCUAAGAGUGAGUAUUGCUCAACAUGCAUACCAGUUGUGUUGUAAAUACUGCCAUUUACUCACUCUCCUCCUAGUAUUAAAGGAUGCAACCUCUAAAUAACCCUCUAUACCCAUUUUCUGAUCAAUUUGCACUAAUGUAUAUUUUGAAGAUUUGUGUGUGUGUGAGAUCUGUCAAGAAGUUGAUUGUUUUCAUAGAUACAAUUAUGAAAAUUAAAAAUAUAUAAGUAAAGAGUUA